AGGAGAAGUCGCAGGGAGAGAAGGAGGAAGUUUUAUCAGAGUAGCUGGUCAGUGGGAAAGCCUUGGUGAUACAUGAAGGUCUGGUGUCCAGGCUGAGGACAUGCCCUUGUAGACAUGAGGCCCUCGCUGCCAAGACUCUGCUGGAGGGUUCCUGCUCUGUGCCUCCUUCUAGCGUGUGCAGUUGUAUGCCAGCUCUCCACCACCGUCGACCCUAUGACGUCCACGCCUGGCACCAACUGCACAUCGGUAAACGCCACCGACUGCGAAGCCUGUUCCCCCGGGACACACUCCAACAAUGAUACAGAAUCUUGCUUCUGCUGUUCCAGUGGCUUCUGUGUGAAUUCGUCAGAUUGCGUGCCUUGUGCAUCCGGCUUUUACCAGCCACAGGGUGGUCAGGUCACAUGCCUGCCAUGUCCUCCUGGACUUUAUACCAACACAACAGGAAGUGUGAUGUGCCAGUCAUGCCAGCCGGGGUAUUUUACAGAUGAAAACGCAUCUGUGUCUUGUAUACCAUGUGAAAAAGGUCACUUUGCAUCUCAACAGAACGCCCUGCAGUGUGAGCCGUGUCCGAAUGGCGCAUUUUGCAACACAACCUCAUGUACCCAAUGCACAAUGUGCCCUGAUGGACAGGAAUCUCUGGCGGUCGGCUCCAUAGAGUGCUCCUUGUGUCGUCCUGGCAUGUACAAGGGACACGGAGACGACCGGUGCAAAUAUUGUAAGGAUGGAGACUACCAGGUGAACUGGGGAGGAGAGCGCUGCGAAGAGUGUCCUGUAAAUCACUACUGUCCUAGUCCAGACAUUGGUCCCAUUCUUUGUCCUGAUGAUGCUUUUUGCCCUGCUGGGAGCAUGGAGCCAAGUUAUUGCAUGGAGACGUUCUUGAGCAAGGAUGGAGAAUCCUGUAGCCCGACGCCUUUCACCAUCACGAUACUUGUAGUUUGUGCAGUGGUAAUAUUUCUUGGUGUGCUCUAUGUCAUUCGAAAGCAAAGACUGACGUCGGAAAGAAGAAGGAUCUUAGGUUUCGGCCCCAGGUCUCCUCUUCUACACACAAAGAGAUCUUCCAGUUCUUUAUAUGGGAUCACUUAUGAUGCAGAACCUGUGUAUGCUGGAUGGUAACAGUUGGAUGUCCAUCCCAUAAGAUGCGAGUUGUGAUCACUGGAUGGAGGCAUGUUGGUGUUGAGCUAUAUACCACCAUGUACACUGGAUGGUGUUUCUGUUGACUUAAACACAGGAGAACAUCAGUGUAGUCUCAUUUAGGAGACCCUAUUUGUACAGCAUGUGAAUAGUCUUUAUUUAAGGUCCCCCCUAUGUGUAGUGUACCUGUGCUGUUGUUUGUUAGACAAAACAAAUUAUAUUCGACACAUUUGACUUAAGGGGGUUUUCCCCACAUUCCAGUCUCAGUCUUGUUGGCUUCAGGCUGGGCUACACCCAGGGUCUCGUGUGCUGCUGUAGUCAAUACCUGCCCUCAGUGGUGACGUAUUCCCAAGAGGCAAACCACUGCUGAGGCCAGUCAUUAGCUACAGUGGCAUACAUGACACCCCCCCCCCCAAAAAAACAACCUGUAGCCUGGGACUGGAAAAGGACUAGAGCAGCAGGGAACAGGUGAGUAUGAUUCUUGUAUUAGGCCAAACAUGCUUAA